GUGUUGGAAUGGGCGUACGGUCCUCUUUCCUUUCCUCUCCUCUCUCCUCCCUGCUUUCCAGCGAUGGUGCAGACUCUCCUCCUCAUUGCCUCUAACGCUGGAGGUGUCCCUCCUCCUCCUCCUCCUCUUUCGGCUCCUUCACGUCUCCACCGACGCGCUCCUCCGCGGCGGAUGUCCUGCAUCUGAUCGGUGAGGUUUUCCCGUUUCACGCCGCGGGGCAGCGGGCGUUUUCUCUACAUUUGAUCUCAAUCUCAGAUCGGCGGGAGCGAUUCUUGGAUUUAUGGACUGCUGCAGCAUCUGCUGGAGAGACUGCGAAUGAUCCCAUUGGCGGACCCCUUUUUUCAAUAAGGACCCCAGAUUCAUCCUCCAAAUUAGACAUGACAAGAGACAUUCUCAAUACCGGCACAUCGAAAAGAAAUCCUAGGCUGUAAGACUCUUUGAUGGCGUUUUUGUGCCAUGGAUGAUGGAUUUUGAAAGUUUUUUUAAGGGAGCCGUAAACUCACAGGUGUUUGCGAAAUGAGCGAGUCUUUUAGUGACAGGGAAUUAAGGAAUAACAACCAGCGGGGUGGCGUGCCGGCUGGCGGUGACGCCAACGCCAAUGAAAUCCGGACUGAGGAUGGCGCGACGACGGACGACAUCGGCACUCUGUCUGGGCUGAUGACUGAAACGGCACAGCAGGACAAAGUCAUCAUCUGGGGCACUGACUCUCAGUGUGAUGACCCCGAGCUGGCCGAGUUUGAGAUGCUGGAGUGUCAAGAGCUGGAGGCCUACCUGGUUGAGGAUGGGCAAGACUUUGUGGGACUUGCAGACCGGAAGCCGCUUCAAGGGCCGCGUUCACCAGGUGGCAAAGAUCCAGUAGAACAAGAAAUGGAUAAUAAGAGCAGGGGAGAGAGAAAGUCUGUUCUGCGUGGAGCCAGUGAGCAGGACUCCAGUGCCGCUCAUAUCUCUGAGAGCAGAGAGGCUACCAGAACUGAGUUAAGCUCAGAAACUGAUGUUUUUGUAACCUGUCUGUCCACCAUCUCAAGCAUGGACACUGCUAUGGACACCACCAGCAGGACGCAGACUACGGACUCCUGGAACAUGGCCUCUGGUCCUUACUCAACCAUCUCAGAAGACUUGACUCUGGUCUCCCAGAACGGCAACAACAUCACUGAGAGAGUUAAGGCCACUCAAAGAGCCGAUCACCCUUCCCUCUCUUCUGGAGACAGCACAAUACACGGGAACCAGGUGGACAUGAACUUGAAUUCAGAAGUUAUGGUGUCACACCUACGAAUGGGUAAUCAAAUGGAACUGUGUGAGGGUGUCAUUGAUGAGCACAGGAACAACAAAAACCAGGGAAAUAAAGCAGGGAAUACCCUUUCCGAGGGGCAUUCUUAUCGACGGAGAAGCACAGAACACAACGCUUUACACGCUGCGAACAUAUUGCAUGAAGAAAGCACACAAAUGGAUAAAAGCACACAAGCUGAUGAGAGCCCCGUUGUGAACUACAGCCUGCCAAAAACAGGUACAAAGGGGGCUCCGCCGCCAAUUGAAUCCAAAGCCACAAAGACACAAGGAUCAUUUGAUACCUCUUUGAAAAAACAGAACUCCUUUGACAGGAGUUUCAAAAAGCAGCCAUCGUUUGAGAAUCCCGUAAAGAAGCAGCAUUCCUUUGAUAACAGCUUGAAAAAGCAGAGCUCCUUUGAGAGAAGCGCCACCUCCAGUUCUUCAAGUCUGGAGAGGAGGAAGCCAUGGGGAAGUCCCAGUCGACCAGCCACUCCUACUUCACCUAAAACAACCUCCUCUUCACCCAGAAGGCAACGGCUCGGAUCUCCAGCCAUGGUCCAGAGCGUCAGGGCACUGAGCUUUGAGCGCAGUGACUCCCCUCAGAGAGGUUUAGGUCAAUCAGUCCGACAACCAAUCAAGACGAGUUUGAGCAGUUGUAUCCCCAAACCCGUCACGUGCCAGCAGAAAGAACCUGAACCUGUUAGGACUUCUCCCCAGAAGCCUAAAAAUGUCCGACCAAAAAUCAUCACCUAUGUUCGUAAGAAUCCUCAAGCAAAACAACAAGGGACAGAUGCCCCACUCGAAGCUCCUGCACUCCCACUUAGACUGACUUCUUACUCCAGCUCACCAGCUCAAAACGAAGCGAAGGAGAUGCAGAAGACUGGGGGCUAUCCCUCGGGCGCGGCUGUGACCGGGGUCAAACCUUCAAGCAGAGCCAUCCCUCAAAGGCUCGGUGGGAAGUCAGGCAGUUUUCAUGAGGAAAUGCCCGAGAAACAUCUGCAGGAGCAUGUGUCCCAAGAAGGAGGCAGUGUCUACCGCUCACCCAGAGCUCAGAGGCCUCAGCUGGGGUUGGGGGCAGUCACCAGGCAGCCUGCAGCCAAGACAAGAGUUCAGCAGACAGGUCAAAGGUCAGCCCCGGUCCCGGGCCAGAAUUUUCAGGCGUCUACCCAUGGCUACCUGGACCCUGCAGGAGAACAAAAGAGGUCAGGAGAGAGAUGUCCAGAAACCGGCCCCAGGAGCGUCCUGCUCAAAUCAGGCCAGUCUGGUCUGCGGCCUCCCGGCUUCUCCGGCCUGCCAGUGGCCCGUCUGGGCACCUUUGGCUUCGCCCGGACCUCCAGUGUCUCCUCUGCGUCCAGCAAUCAGUCUUGCGAAAAUCCAGAGCCCAACAACACGCCUCUCCACAGCCUCCCUGAAGCUGAAGCAUCCCAUGCCCAGAGCCGGCCUCCGCCUCCAAACGGCCCCCGCCUCCAGCACCGCAGUCAGCCCCCUCAGCGCAGCUCCCCGCUUGUUCGUGGGCGGACUACAGCAGUUCAGGGAGCGGUUCGGACUGAGAGGGCCCAGGAGUUGGACCGGAUUCUGAUCCAGCAGCUGCGGGGGCGCUGUGAGGAGCAAGAACUGCAGCUGCAGAGCCUUCAGGCCCAGUUAAAGAAGGCCUCCCUUUGCCUAGACGUUUUCAGCAUCACCACCCAGCACUUUUGUCAAAAGCUUUAA